GGAGCCCUCUUCCCCAUGAGUGGAGGCUGGCCCGGAGGACAAGCCUGCCUCCCCGCCGCUCAGAUGGCUCUGGACCUGGUGAAUAAAAGGACCGACAUACUGCCGGACUACGAGCUGGAGCUCAUACACCACGACAGUAUGUGUGAUCCAGGGGAGGCCACCAAGCUGCUGUAUGACCUUCUGUACACAGAGCCUAUUAAAAUCGUGCUGAUGCCAGGCUGCAGCUCCGUGUCCACUCUGGUGGCUGAGGCUGCUCGUAUGUGGAACCUUAUAGUGUUAUCGUAUGGCUCCAGCUCUCCGGCUCUGUCCAACCGCCAGCGUUUUCCCACCUUCUUCCGCACUCAUCCAUCUGCCACACUGCACAACCCAACUCGAGUGCAGCUCUUCCAGAAGUGGAAAUGGACCAAGAUUGCCACCAUUCAGCAAACAACAGAAGUUUUUACAUCUACUCUGGAUGAUCUAGAGGAGAGGGUGAAGGAGGCAGGCAUUGAAAUCAGCGUUCGUCAGAGUUUCCUCACCGACCCUGCUGUGGCUGUCAAAAACCUCAAGCGCCAAGAUGCCAGAAUUAUCGUUGGUCUGUUCUAUGAGACGGAGGCCAGGAAGGUCUUCUGUGAGGUGUACAAGGAGAAGCUGUAUGGAAAAAAGUAUGUGUGGUUCCUUAUCGGUUGGUACGCAGACAACUGGUUUAAGAUCAAGGACCCAUCCAUUAACUGUACAGUGGAGCAGAUGACAGAAGCUGUGGAGGGUCAUGUUACCACUGAGAUUGUCAUGCUCAACCCAGAGACAGUGCGAGGAGCCUCCAACCUGACCUCCCAGGAGUUUCUAGCCCAGCUGAUGUCUAAACUUGGAGGUAAAAAUCCAGAGGAGACAGGUGGUUUCCAGGAGGCCCCGCUGGCAUAUGACGCUGUGUGGGCUUUAGCCCUGGCCCUCAACAAGACUGUGGGGCCCCUAAAGGUCAAGGGUCACCGGCUAGAAGAUUUCAACUACAACAACCGAGAUAUCACAGCUGAGAUCUACCGAGCGCUGAACACCAGUUCCUUCGAGGGGGUUUCAGGUCAUGUUGUAUUUGACGCGCAAGGUUCCCGAAUGGCUUGGACUCUUAUUGAACAGCUUCAAGGAGGGAGCUAUAAGAAGAUUGGAUACUACGACAGCACUAAAGGCAAUCUAUCCUGGUAUGGAAAUGACAAGUGGAUAGGCUCAGGACCCCCUGCAGACCAGACAGUGGUCAUCGAGGAGUUUCGCUAUCUGUCCCAAAAGCUCUUUGUGUCUGUGUCUGUCUUUGCUGGGUUGGGGAUCCUGCUGGGAAUCGUCUGCCUCACCUUCAACAUCUACAACAGCAAUGUCAGGUACAUUCAGAACUCUCAGCCAUACCUUAACAACAUGACUGCAGUGGGCUGCAUGAUGGCUCUGGCUGCUGUCUUCCCUCUGGGCAUCGAUGGCCUUCAUGUCCAAAGGAGACAGUUCCCCGCCGUUUGCCAGUUUCGCCUAUGGCUGCUUGGUCUAGGUUUCAGCCUUGCUUAUGGCAGCAUGUUCACCAAGAUCUGGUGGGUCCACACCGUCUUCACCAAGAAGGAGGAGAAGAAGGAUAAGAGAAAGCACCUGGAACCAUGGAAACUCUACGCAACUGUUGGUGUUCUGCUCGGCAUUGAUAUCCUUUCUCUCAUGAUCUGGCAGAUUGUGGAUCCUUUACAUAUCACAGUGGAGAAAUUCACCAGAGAAGCCCCUAAAGGAGACCUGGAUGUUUUGAUCCAGCCUUUACUGGAACACUGCAGUUCACAAAAGAUGAACACUUGGCUGGGUGUGGUGUACGGUUAUAAAGGCUUACUGCUGCUGCUCGGCAUCUUCCUGGCCUAUGAGACCAAGUCCAUCUCCACAGAGAAGAUCAAUGACCACCGAGCUGUGGGCAUGGCCAUCUAUAAUGUUGCUGUUCUGUGUAUGAUCACAGCUCCAGUCACCAUGAUCCUGUCCUCCCAGCAGGACGCUUCCUUCGCCUUCGCCUCCUUGGCCAUUGUCUUCUCGGUCUACAUCACCCUAGUGGUUCUGUUCGUCCCCAAGAUGCGGCGUCUCAUCACCCGGGGUGAGUGGCAGUCAGAUGCCCAGGAGACCAUGAAGACCGGCUCCUCCACCAAUAACAAUGACGAGGAGAAGUCCAGACAACUGGAGCGAGAGAACAAGGAGCUACAGAAGAUCGUUCAGGAGAAAGAAGAGCGUGUGUCGGAGCUAAGAAACCAGCUGUCUGAGCGACAGGCCCUGCGAUCCAGGAGAAGAGCUUCCACUGUCACCAAUCAGAACCACAGCUCUCCCCCCCUUACCAUCGCCCAGAGCGACCCCAGGUCUCUGGCCCCUCCUCCAGGGUACCCUGCCCCCACCUCUGAUCCCCACACUAUCUCGCCGUCCUUCGCAAACUCGUCCAGCCUCUACCAGCCAGACAGCAAGAUUAGCCGGAAUAACUGCCACGCCAGCCGGCUGCAGCUGCUGUACAAGUGAGAUGGUGGUGAACAUUGGAGGGAGGAGGACAGUAAUUAUAUUCAUAGCUACAUAGAGUAUCUUUGGAGGAGCUGACUCCAAAACUCAUUUCACUGAUCAGCUGCAGGAGGCCAGAGGAUAACCAGUGGAAAGGUUGAUAUAAAUUUUUUUUUAAGAGAGGAUUUACAUUUGCACUUGUUUCACUCUUUCCAAGCUGAUCAUCAUGUUGUUUUUCUUUUUCUUCUCUGACAGAUAAAAACAUGAACAUACAUCUUGUUAAUUAUACAAUUUUGCAUCUGUGAUCCGCCAGUGAUUUAUGUGCCAUCUAGAGUUUGAGAAAAAAUGCUCAGACUUGACUUUUCACUAAGACCUGACGUUAUUAGCUUGAAUUACUAACCUGUCAAGCUCUCCAUUGUAAUGUAAUGCAAUUUACAGUGGUGGCAGAUUUACCAUCAAAGUUUGUGGUAAUGUCUGAAACAAUAAGUCCUUGCCUUGACAAGAGAAGGCAAAAGCAGCUUCUUGAUUUUGUCGCUGGCAGAUUUCAUCUGAUGAUUUAUUUGCUAAUUAACGUUAGAUCCUUGAGUUGGUUGAAAACUGUCUUCAGCUGACUCACUUUAAAAUGAGUAGCCUGUAAAAUGGUCUUUAAUAUGCACAUGCUGGCUACCUACAUGAUAUUAUGCUAAAAGACUGAGACGAAAGCUUCAUUUCCCAGGGGAAAAGUCAGCAUUUCCACCAGUUGAUGAUGAUCCAUUUAGAAGACAUGGGGAAAAAAGGAGCAGCAUUCUUUAUGUACUGUGGGGCAGCUGGUUAGGCCUAGGAUUAUAAGGCAGUAUGAUAAAGAAAAGGUAAUGUGAUUUCAUUCUAACAUACAUAGAUUUAUCAUUUAUUGUUCAUAUUCAAACAGUUAUCUGGGGUAGUGUUAGGCUCGAGUGUAAACCUCCACAAAUCCAAUAAAGAGCACAAGAGAGCCACUAACGUUGGCCUAAACUCUGAUAUAGAUGCAUUCAAGCCCGGCUCAAAUGACCCUUGGCCUUGGACGUAACGCUAGGUUAUACUGUAGGUAGUAUGCAGUUAGUACAACAGAUUAACACACUGUGUGUACUUGGUAUCCAAACCACUCGUAGGGUUGUAUCCUUUUAACCCUUCAAAACCAACACAAGGGUGUAGGGAAUGAAAUGAAUUGUGUUUGUGUAGCUUGAGUCUCAGUCUUUUAAAUAUCUUAAAUGUAGCCUUUAAGUGCAUAUUUAAAGACCCUUUGAACAUGGCUCUCAUUUUAAACAAGUCAACUAGAAAGAAUUAAUUCUUCAGCCAUCACUGAGUUAGUGUUAAUUAUUCAAUUAAAUCCUUUUUUAUUUAUAUAGCGCCAAUUAGCUGAUAAAAUCUGCUAGCAACAGUUCAUUUCAGCUGACAGAAUCUAGCAUCACUGACUGCAAAUGAAAAGCUGCUUUAUUUGCUUAUGUGUGAAAUCAAAGACUCAUAAUUUCAAAAGACUAAGAAUUUCAAUGGUAAAUCUGCUAACGUUAUCACUGAAAACUGCAGUGCUAGAAAGGGUCAACAGGAAUAACAGUAACUAAUGAGAAGUGGGGCUUGGCAAAGGGUCAAUUGGAGACUAAUAUAUUAUGGCAAAGCAUUUAUCAUAUCUGUACCUUACAAUAUUGCCUCUUAAUGUGUUUAGAUAGUGCUAUGUACUGUAUUAAGAGGCUGGACAAAAGGACAGACUUCAUGAGAAAUAAUGCCAGUUUUGUGACAAAGUAACUGGUUAUAUCCAUUACAUAGUCAUUUUAGCUCCCGUUGUUAAAUGUUUGAUAGUGGUUUUUACAUUGUCUCUGUUCAAAGAGACGUCUGAGUCAUUGUACAUAGUUGUGUGUGUUCAUGCUAAACCCCUCACUGUGGAUGAAUUCAAUCCUGCCUAUUCAGGGCUGGGAAGAAAGUCAACUGAGGACACCGCUGUUAUCUGUGAGAUAUUUACUGUAUCAAUUGUCGUGACUGCCACACUCAAGAGCUGAAGGAACAUUACAUGAGGCUAAAAGCAUAAAUUCAAACACCUUUAUCUGUUUAAUAUUUAGCUGGGUCCUGGUGUUUAACUUUCCUUUGGACAAGACAGAUAAAUACCAGAAAUAAACAGUGGACUAGUGGUCAGCUGACGAGGCUUAAAUGUCAGAAUUUGUUGUUAUGUAAUAUUUAAAGGGAACAUAUUUUGCUUUCCCUGAUUUUCUGUCAUAUAUUAAUGUUAGUAUAUGCCAAAGUUUUAACUAAUAAGGUAAACAGAUGUAAAAGCAAGCCCUGUGAUCAGAAAGCUUAGUCUUCUUGCUGCUCUGAAUACUUCGUGUCCAUCGGUGUGGAAUUCCUUAAAACUUAACUGAUUUUAAAAAUGUGGGAUAUCACAGACAUAACGACAGAUUUAACCAUUUUGUAAUAUUUUAAUCUUAAAAGCACACACAUCAAACAAUUCAGUCCAGACGCAAGACCACACACGUGGCGUUUAUACUAAACAGUUUGAGAUUGGCAGUUCCGGGGACUUGGGAUAGCACAGAAACUUGUGUUAUCAAAUGUGACUUCAGACAGAAACAAACAUGGAGGCAGACUGUCGUCGUCAGCUAGUUGUACUUGUGUGAGGUAUGUUUUGAACACAGGGAUUGAAAUGAACUUUUUGGCUCACCUGCCAAUGGGAGUGGUAGAUGAAAAAUCCACUGGCCAAAAUAAUAAAUUACCCUUUUGUGUCACACGUA